AUGUGCCACUUUCGGGUCUCCUCACACUGCUGCCAGGUCCAUACUGAUUCAUGGCCCCCUGCCUCUGUAUGGCCUUCAAUUUAAGCUGCUUAUGCUUCGCCACUCUGCCAUGGGCCCCUGUACCGCCUCCUCUUGCUGCUGCCAGGUCCAGAGUGUGUCAUGGGUCCCUGUACGGCCUCCCAUUGCUGCUGACUUCAUCGCCAGACUCUGCCAUGUGCCACUUUCAGGUCUCCUUACACUGUUGGUGGGUUCCAUUUUGUGAUAGGGUGCUGUAUGGCCUUCCAUUGCUGCUGCCUCCACCGCCACCCUGCGCCAUGUGCCUC